CUGACAUCUCGACGCGCUGUCGAAUACGGUCACGACGUCUUCCGCUGCAAGUCGAUAUUAGCUAAGCUUAUUUUGACGCGCUCAAAGCGUUCAGAGGCGCUCGCAAACGUAGGACUUCAAAUCCAUUCCUGAAAGCCAUAGUCUUCCUCAACUUUACCUGCGACUUGAUAGAAAGUAUUCAGAAUUUAUUUCACGACAAGGCCCUUAAGGAAGACCGUAGGCAUAAGCCUCGCAUGAUGUCCCCACCUCAAACCGCAGAAGCCGUCUCUGCGGAGAGCGCGAGACAAACCGUCCUUGAAGAAGAAUAUGAUGCAGAUUACGAGCCAACACAGGAAGAGAUCAUUGACUAUGCCAAGUUCCUUGGAAUCGACACGGAGAAGGAGAAACAUCUGCUAUGGAUUGCUCGAGAUUCUCUGAAAGCACCGUUACCCCCAAACUGGAAGCCAUGCCAAACGGAUGACGGAAACAUCUACUAUUUCAACUUCACGACGGGAGAGAGCAUAUGGGACCAUCCUUGUGACGAACACUAUAAAAAGCUGUACGAGACCGAGAAGGCGAAGGGUGUCCCAGGCUCUGGUGCCGACAAGGGGAACGACAGCGUCGGUGGGAAGCCUUCCAAGCUGGCGGCAUUUCCAGCAUUACCAGCAUUGAAAGGCGGCCCCAGUAAACUAGGAGCUUUGCCAGCUCUCGAAAAGGCGAAACCAGCACCUGCACCGGUCCCGCUGAAAACGGGCAUCCCACACCUGGAUGCCGACAAUUCUGAAGAUGGAGACGAAGUAGAUAAAGAUGAUUGGGAUGCGUUCGACGACGAGGAUGAUGAUGAGAUCAUCGACAGUGUCCUGCGGGGCAAGGAUUUGACGCGUACGCAAAAGCCCGUAGCGGUAGCCACGGCCAAACCUGCUAUUGGCGGGCGAGAUAGAAAGCCUCUGAACGAUGAUGACGACUUUAAUCUUAGUUUGAGUGUGAGUUCGAUUGAAGACGAGGGUCCCGCUGCCAUCAAAUCGACACAAGCUGCAACAGCGACUGGAGGGAACCUAAAGAAGCUGGAAGCGCUGGAAAGUGAGCAGAAGGAGUCGCUCGAGAAGGAAACAGAGAAGAUUCGGGACAAAUAUAAGAACCAGGUUGAGGCGGCAGAGAGGGAAGAGAAGGAGAAAAGCGUCAAAGUUAUCAAGGGAGUCAGGGAGAAGUACGAAACUUUGGUGCGGAAUGCCGAGGCCGAAGAAAAGAAGAACGCUGACGACGCCAUCGCAAAGUUGAAGAAGGAUAACGAAGACAGAUUGAGGAAGGCCGAGCAGGAGGAAAGGGAGCGGACGGAUCAAGCCAUUCUGGCUUUGAGACAGAAGUUCCAACGAGAGCUUGACAAGACUAAGGAAGAGGAGCGCCAAUUGCUUGACGAGAGGACAGCGAUCAGCACCGCAAAGGCGAGCAUCGACUCGGAGAUCUCAGACGUUGCUCGCCAGAACGCCGAGGCGCUAAGGGUUGCACGACAGACUGAAAGCGCCAAAUACGAGCGCGAGCUAAGCGCGAUCCGUUAUGAAUUUGCCGAGAGGCGAGCGACAGCUGAGGCGGACGAAAGGCGCAAGCUGGAGAAGGAACUGAAGGACAUGCGUUCUCGUUUAGAGAAAGACGCAGAGGAGGAUCAUCGCAGAGCUCUCGAGCGUGCCAAGGAAGAGCAUCGGAAGGAAAUAGACGAGCUGAUCAAGAAGCUAUCAGCUGAACGAGAGACGCGUGAGCGGAAUAUGCGUGAUUCGAAUGAACGUGAUGCCGACGUCCGAUUGCAGAAGGUGCGACAAGAUGCAGAGGCUCGGGAAGAGAAGGCACGACAAGAAGAGAAGGAGCAACAGGAGCUUCGUCUUCGCAAUUUGAGGAAGGAGUGGGACGCGCGAAUCCGCGCCGAGGAAGAGAAAGUGAAGCAGAAAGAAGAGGAAUUGCGCGCGAAGUUGGACAUUUUGAGCAAUGAUGGUCAUGACAACGACAGGGCUUCUGAGUUGGCCGCCUUGCAAAAGGUGAACGAGAUGACGAUCGCGAAUCUGUUGGCGCAAAAGGAGCGCUUGAGGGACGAGCAGGAGGAGCUUGAUGCGCUUGAGCGCAAGCUGAAGCAUCGUAGAGAGGAUAUUGUUGAUCAGCUGGGUGCCAUGUCGGAGAGGGACGCUCUUCCGGGACUGUCCAGUAGCGCACGGAGUCAUCGCCGAGACAGACCGCGGUCCGAGUCGUACGGUGAAGACGAUUAUGAAGGGCAAGCGAGGCUAAGUUCUGUAAAAGACGAGCACGCUCGGAUUCGAGCUCUUGAGAAAGAGCUAGAAAUCAAACGGCACCAUCUCACCGAAGAACGGUCGGCCCUGCUUGACAUCGAGAAGAACUUGCUCUUGGAGCAAGCGCGGGUUGAGCGCCAGGAGCGCGCUGCCGGAGCGGGCAGGAGAAGCCCUAAGAGGUCUACAACAGAUAAUCAAGUCAGAAAACGAAAAGCGCAAGUGCAGCAAAAGCUUAGGAACGUCGCCGCGUCGCUAGCAGAUCCCGAUGACUACUUAGAGAGCAACCGAUACAAUGUUGGAAAAGAGGAAGAUGAAGUUUCCGAUGGUCUUUAUGAGGGCCCUAUACCCGUGGACGACUCAAACGACUCGGAUGUGGACACCGAGCUAUCUCGAUUGGAGCCUGUGCGGCAUUCACCGCCCCGGCGAGAUGAUCAAUUCACAGGAGAGUCCCACGUUCGCCAAUUUAAAACGCUUCUGAAGAAGCACCAGAAAAGUCUGGGAUCUCAACAACGCGGACUCAUCGAUGCGCAGGCGAAGUGGCAGAAGGAUAUCGCGGACAUCUCCUCGCUCUUAAUCAACGCGAAUAACGACUAUACGGGCCAUUCUCAGCGUUCACCACAUCGUAGCGAGCGAGUAGCUAGUAGCGCUGUUGAGGGAGAAUUGGGCGCGCUUCUCGGCGCGCUCAAAGCAUCAAUCGAAUCCAGCGAAAACGGACGGCGCGGGAGAAGCGCGAAAAGGGCGAUGGGUAUAGGUAGUGCGACAUACAGUCCUACGCGGUCAUCACCAACGCGAACGUCACACCCCGAACCUAACUAUUCUGCAACAUCCUCCCGUGUCGUUGACUACGCACACGCCCGAGACCCAGGGAAUAGCGCAUUGGCGUCACAGCACAGGAAACGAGCCUGGGAAGUAGGCCAUUCGAGAACCGCAACGUUGCUUGCAGAGCAUAACGCGUGGCUGAAAGGAUUCCUCGCUCGUCAUUCCGGGGUCCUUAGUCGUUGAUGUCGUCAUGUCUUAACCAACAUGAAAGUCGUCCGGGUACCAAUCUGCUAUUAAUCAAGCCGUCCCCUACUCUUGCUCGAUCUACUGUACCUACUCUGUAUAUAUCUAGAGCUUCUCUGCAGGGACGCGGGACGUCUAUACAUCAUAUAACAGCCGUCUAAAUGGUUCAUCUAAGACCUGAUGAUCCUCUAUAAAUCAAUCCACCGCCCCAACUUCUUCAGUUGCUCAAAGAAUACGAACGUGAGAAUCGUGUGUGGUC